GCGGACACUGGUCGAGUGAAAGGUGCAAUGUGUGAGUUUAAAGCAGUGGUUCCCAAAGUGGGGGGCGCGCCCCCUAGGAGGAGUGCAGUAUGAAUUAGAAAAAAAAAAGUUUUUUUGGAAGGGCUCCCACACAAACGCAAAGCAGAGGUUGAAGCAUCACCAAAUAUGCUUCCAAACCAACUUCCAAGACAAAGACUAGAAAAUAUGAUGAAGCAUAUCUUGCCUUUGGCUUCACCUGCACAACAGCCGUCGUGCCAAGGUAGGGAUCCCCGACAGAAUUCGUUUCCCCUGCGUCAGGAGCACAUGUUAGGCUCUCCAAAUCACGACUAAACAGUAUCCCACAUUCUUGAUUUUUAGUUCACAAACACUUCUUAUAGCGACUAACUACUCCUGCAACUUUGGAGGUUUUAGCUCUUUAUACAGUGAAGUUACAGGAGGAUAAAAAUAAUUAUCAGGCAAAAUGUCCUUUGUUUGUUAAAAUAAUCUCGUCCAAUACCACGUGAGAACAAUAAAUAUAUUAUAUUAUCUGCUGUAACCCUCAAACUGAAUGGUAAUGUAACGAAACCCCUUUUUCACUUUUUCACAAACCUAAAACAUCGCUACUUCCACGUCUAAUUGUCUCUGAUGGAGACGGAGUAAACUGGACUCGCACUCCGUGCCCAGUAAAUUAUUCAAUAAAGAUUGCUAUGCUAUGCAUAUAUUACAGGACAUUAAAAGUCCAACUUCAAAUGUCAGUGUACAUCGUUUCGAAAGCAGUUUCCUCUGACAGGAAACCCACAUACAAACUCCAUGGUAGAUCCAAUAGUCUUUUGAGAAGUUGUGAGAAGCUCUUUUCACACCUCUCACAACUUCUCAAAAACACUCCUGCAAGUUCGUCAGUUUAACUCAGACCUGGGGGGGGCGGUUAACUCAGGCAGGAAUUGGACAGCUGAGCAAAUCAGAGGUUCAAAGAGAGUCAAGAUGGAAGUCAAAUCCACUCAAACAGAAGCAGCUGAUGGGUUAAUAGAUGGCAUGUCCAAAGAAGCAUAUGAGCUCAUGGUCAAAGAAACUCCAACUUCCACCUACUGGAAAGAGGUAGCAGAGGAGCAACAGAAAGCACUGUACAAUGUUCUACAGGAGAAUGAGAAGCUCCACAAAAGCAUAGACGACAGAGAUGAGCAGAUAACGAAGCUUCAGAGUGAAAAUGAAGAGCUGCAGGAGCUUGCUCAACAUGUCCAGUACAUGGCUGACAUGACUGAGAGACUGACUGGGAAAUCUCCUGACAAUCUGGAUGAGCUCAGAGGAAUUGCCCUUGAUGAAGAUGAGGCUGAACAUGAAGACUACGACGACUUGGCAGAUCAGAGUGAAAACGAUCCAGACUACAGUCACGGCUCUGCAGAAGAGCUAUCAGAUGAUGAAGAACCAGGACCCUCAGGACUCCAGAACUAAUACUGCAUAACUUUGACAUUUUGACCUGAGUAAGCUUUGACUGCAACGAGUACUUCGUUUGAAGGAGAUGAGCUUUAAAGAUGUGUAUGUACUCUAAAUUCAGCCUGCAAUUUUUUUUAAAAUAUAUUUUUUCAUCAUUGCUUGCUCAGGUUUUUAAGGGUCUUAAGAAACUAAGCUAGUGAAGCCUUCCUUUAACAGAAGACCCCUUGAUGUGUCAUAGGAAGACAAGUACAGAUGUGAACUAAGCUGCUGGCACCUGAAAGACUUGUCAGGGUGUCCACAACCAUUAGUCUAAAACAGCGGUCCCCAACCU